CUAACUGCGUGCAGACACCGCCUCCUCUGCUCACCACCUUUUGUUGGUGUAGCAAUAGUGCGCACGCUCUGUUUUACUCUUCACACUUCACACACUAUCAUACCACUUUUACCUGUAGUCUAUUUGUACUGUAGCGGGGCACAAACUCUACGCAAGAUGGAGUCAGCUGAGGCUCUGGUGAAAUCUCAGUUGGGCUGGCCUCACAUGUAUCACUUGUUUACUCUACUUUGUCUUGUUGCCGUCGUCUAUAAAUUCACGAUCUUGCUCGUCGAAAGAAGAGAUACGCUUCUAAACUUCGAAGCUUUUCCAGGACCACCAGCACACUGGCUUUUUGGACAUGUGAAGGAGUUUAAACAAGAUGGGACAGAUUUUGACAAGAUUUUGGAAUGGUCAAAGUAUUACCCUUAUGCUUUCCCAAUAUGGUUUGGUCCCUUCGUCUGUUUCCUCAACAUUCAACAUCCAGAUUAUGUAAAGACCGUAUUGGCAUCAACAGAGCCAAAAGAUGAUUUUAUAUAUUGCUUUAUUGAGCCUUGGAUUGGUGACGGUUUGUUGGUGUCCAAGGGUCAAAAGUGGUUUCGGCACAGAAGGCUUUUGACCCCAGGUUUCCAUUAUGAUGUUCUGAAACCAUACACUAAACUGAUGGCAGACUCUGCUAAAACAAUGUUGGACAAAUGGGAAAGUUAUGCAAACACCAGUGAGUCCUUUGAACUGUUUGAACAUGUGAGCCUCAUGACACUUGACAGCAUCUUAAAGUGUGCUUUCAGCUACAGCAGCAACUGUCAGACUGAGAGUGGAAAAAAUGAAUACAUCAAGGCAGUUUAUGAGCUCAGUCAUCUGAUUGACCUGCGGUUCAGGACGUUUCCAUACCAUAAUGACUUGAUUUUCUACCUCAGCCCACAUGGCUUUAGAUACAGGAAAGCAUGCAGAGUGGCUCAUGGUCAUACAGAGGCAGUCAUCAGAAAGCGGAAAGAAACACUGAAGGAGGAGAAAGAGCUGGACCGCAUACAGGCCAAAAGACACUUGGAUUUUCUGGACAUCCUUCUCUUUGCAAAAGAUGAAAAGCAACAGGGUCUGUCAGAUGAAGACAUACGAGCAGAGGUGGACACCUUCAUGUUUGAGGGUCAUGACACCACAGCCAGUGGCUUGUCUUUCAUCCUCUACUGUCUGGCCUGCCACCCAGAACACCAGAAAAAGUGCAGGGAGGAGAUCAUUCAAGCCCUCGAUGGCAAGGACAACAUGGAGUGGGAGGAUCUCAGUAAAAUUCCAUACACUACAAUGUGCAUAAAAGAAUCCCUCCGCCUUUAUCCUCCCGUACCAGGAAUAAGCAGAAAGACCACGAAGCCCAUGACCUUUAUUGAUGGAAGGACUUUGCAGAAAGGUUCUUAUGUUGGAAUAAGCAUGUUUGGGAUUCACAGGAAUGCAGCUGUCUGGGAAAACCCCGAUGUCUUUGACCCACUGCGUUUUCUACCGGAGAAUGCUUCCAAGAGGUCGCCUCAUGCAUUCGUCCCAUUCUCUGCUGGACCAAGAAAUUGCAUUGGCCAGAACUUUGCCAUGAAUGAGCUGAAAGUGGCGACAGCCAUGACCCUGAUGAGGUACCAGCUGAUAGAGGACCCUGCUCGGAAACCCAAGUUAAUUCCAAGAUUGAUACUUAGCUCAAUAGAUGGCAUCUACAUCAAGAUCAAACCUGUAGACCCAUAAGGGAAACUACUAUAGGGAAACCUGGAGAGACCUGGAAAUACAUUGGUCAGUGAGGGAAAUUUGUUAGAAGUUGAAGUUUAUUAAUUUCUUAGAUUAAAAAAAAACCCCUCUGCACUAUAGAAUCAGAAACAGAUAAGAUAAAAAUGUAAACUAUUUUAUUUAGUGGCUGAAUAUGUUUUGGGGAAAUUACUUGACUUAAUAAGUUACACUUGUAUUUUAGAAUCAUUUCUAACACUAAGAGUUUUUAAUAUGCAUUUUGCACUGUAUGUAUGAUAAAAUGAAUAGCACUUACAGUAUAUUGUAGUCGGACAUUUUCACCAAAUCAGUUUUGUAAUAAUUACAUUGGUAUUCCAUUUCCGUGGCUUUAUUAUGGUCCAGUCAGAACUUUGCUCUCAUCUGCGAUGUGAUGCCUACUUGAAGACACUCCCUACUCUUGACGUCAGGGAGUGUCUAGCUUUUGGUGGUCAUGUUUGGAGGCAACAGAGCGGUACGUAAUUUGUUCAGGCUAAAGUUGAUUAAGCAGGAAUAAUUGUUUUAGGAAUGUCAGGGUUUGCCAUGAGUCAAGUUGAAAUACCUGUUGUAUACUUCAAAUCAUGUCAUACCCUAUACAUACAUAUGUAUACAUAUAUGUAUAUAUAUGUGUGUGUGUGUGUGUGUGUGUGUGUGUGUGUGUACGUGAAAAAAGAUUGUCUUGGAAAUUCGUUUAUUUUGAUUAUUUCUGCUCUUCCUCAAAAUGAUAGGGGCAUUGUUGUUCAUCUAUUAAGAUCUUGCUUCACAGUUUUAAAAAGCUUUGGUUCAUUCAACUCGUAAUUUUUUUUUCAGCUGGAGAUUACAUUACAUAAUACCAAAAUAUUUCAUAUCAUGAGUCUUGCACACAAUGUAGAAGCUAACUCUGCUGGGUGAGUAAAAUGGUUAAGCGUA